AAGAAAGAGGAGGAAGAGGAGGAAGAGGAGGAGGAGGAGAAGAGGAAGAAAAAGAAGAAAAGAGAGAGGGGAAUUGAACACUGAGUUAGAAAAUCAGGCUUUCAUGCAAUAUUUUAUAUAACAGAACAGAGACUGGAAAGUGGUGUGUGUAUGUGUGUGUGUAUGUGUGUGUGUGUAUCUUUGUCUGUGUCUGUGUUUGUGUGUAUAGGUGCAAGCAUGCAUGCAGAGGUAGAACUUGGAUGGGGCAACCAGAGCACUGAAAAAUACGCUUUUUUUUAUCCCUUUGGCUUCUGUCUCUACCAUUUUUCUUCUCCAUCAAAAAGUUAUUGAAUAGAGAACUUGAGUUUCCUUUCAUAAGGGGGUGGAAAAUCCCAGACUUUAUUUCCUUCCACAAGAGUAGUGUACCAGAUUCUCUCUCUCCCUACAGGUUCAAAUUCAGGGAGUCCAUUUUCAUAAAUGACUUGAGAGGAUAUUUAAUAUUAUUUUUCAUGAAGCUAGUUUUACAUAAUAAAAUUGCUAAUUAAAAAAGCUUUAUGCUUGUUGCAUUAACUCCUAUGACCCAUAUAUGUUAAUAUCUUUUUGCACCUUCAAAAGAACAUACUACUUAACGCCAUUCACUUUCUGUAUGAAAUAGACUUGUGCCUGUAUAAAAAGAUUUGAUUUCCCUAGUUAUUCCCCAGGAGGCAGAUCAAGGAAUAAUAAGCAAAAGUUGUAGAGUCAGAUUUAUACUGAAAAAAAAUGUAUUCAAUUAGAACAGUCUUAAGGAAGAAUCAUCUGCUUCAGAAGGGUUCUCCUUUACUAAAAGUUUCUAAUUGGAAAUCAAAUAAUCACCUUUUAGAGAUUUUACAGAAGGGUUUCCUAUAUAGAUCAAGGUUGUACUAGAUGUAAUUUGGAAUCACUUUUAAACUUUAAGAAUCUGUGGCUGAUCUCUUCGAUGCCCAUAAACUAUAGAAUAACAUUUCUUGGCUUAUAUUUGAAGUUGGUUCUUAUCCCUUGAACUCUCUGCCUUCAGAUUAUUUUAUAUAUUUUGUUCAUAGAGACUACCUAUCUUUUCCACAUCCUCAAUCUAAAUAAAUACUCCAACUUAGAGCACUAUUAUCUCUCUUUUCUGUCCUUAAAAUGUUAUGAGGAAUUUUUAGCGACAAUUUAUUUCACUUGAAGAAGCCUAGAGUUAAAUGCUCUCCAUUGUGGAGUUAGAAUAAAGAUCUUCUAACUCAGUUACCAUAUUAUUUCUCUCCUUUAGGAGCAUGGCCUGGCAGUGUAUAUGACUCAGGAAACAAAGAGUCACUACUUGUUAAAUUUGAAUAGUAGCCAAUUCCAGCCACCCUUCUUCCUUUUGACAGGCAUCCCCGGAUUGGAGUCAGCACACACCUGGAUUUCUAUCCCUUUGUGCAUCAUGUACUUGAUUGCUUUACUUGGGAACUCUAUCAUUCUCUUCAUCAUUAAGACCACUCCCAGCCUUCACGAACCUCAAUACAUCUUCUUGUCCAUGCUGGCAGCUACAGAUAUUGGCCUUUCUAUAUCCACAUUGCCAACAGUGCUCAAUGUCUUCCUUCUCAACCAGAGGGAGAUAGAGUUCCACUGCUGCCUGGCACAGAUGUUUUUCAUUCAUACUUUUUCCUCUAUGGAGUCAGCAAUCCUGUUAGCCAUGGCAUUUGAUCGCUCUGUUGCCAUUAGAAACCCAUUGCGCUACACUGUGAUCCUUACCUAUCCUCGGAUUGUUGGGAUGGGACUAGUGGCUGUGGUGAGGGGUGUGGCACUGAUGGCGCCUUUGCCUAUAUUGCUCAAACGGCUACCCUUCUGCAAGAACAUCAUCCUCUCCCACUGCUAUUGCUACCAUCCUGAUGUCAUGAAGCUGGCCUGUGGACCUGUCAGAGUCAACAUUAUCUAUGGAUUGACUCUUGUUCUUUGUUCCUUUGGUGUUGACUCUGUGUUCAUUGUUAUCUCCUAUGUCUUGAUCCUGAAGACAGUUAUGAGCAUUGCUUCCAAUGAGGGUCGUCUUAAGGCCCUCAACACUUGUGUCUCCCACAUAGUCACGGUCUUUAUCUUCUAUGUGCCACUCAUUAUUCUGGCCCUAAUACACAGAUUUGGAACAUUCACUUCACCUCUAUUUCAUGUCACUAUGGCCAACCUUUUUCUAUUCCUAACUCCAGUCCUAAAUCCACUGGUUUAUAGUUUUAAAACCAAGCAAAUCCGCUCAGUCCUGCAGAAAGCAUUCAUGACAAGAGGCAGUUGAACCCAGUUCAGUGUCCUCUUUGGAACAUAAGAACAUACUUGGUUAUCAGUCAAUAGAUCUCUGUGUCUAUGAUGCAUACGUCCAUUUCCUGUUUUUGAGUUUUGAUUUUAAAUUUCAUGAAUCUGCCUAUUUUCUCUUACAUAUUGGCUCUUCAUUGGAAACAUGCUGCUAUUCUAUGAAGGUCUAAAGAAUAUUUGUUUGAAGACAGCUCUUACCUCUUAGACUGUUUUUAUGAUCUGAAUAGGCACUAUAUAUGAGACAUAUAUUAUAGAAUGCCUUUCCAUUUAAUAAUUUUUAAGUCUAAUUAAAAUAAUUUAUUUAAAGUAAUUUAUUUAAACUAUUUUAUUUAAAGCAGUUAAUUAUAUUUUUAUAGACUGCUAUAUAUGAUAAACUUCCAUUUUAGAGUAAUAUAUAAAUAAAUACAAUAACAUAGAGUUAGUUAUAUUCAAGUUUAUUUCUUUUCUACUAUUGCUAUAUCAAAUCCUAGUUUUCUCCACAUGCAAGUAAAUCUAUAAUAGGAAGACACACUAAAGAAUUUGAAGGCACACUAUUUGUUAGGCAGUGACUAACAACACACACACACACACACACACACACACACACACACACACACACACACGAAAUAGAAAUUUUACCAUAUGUGAAAUGACAUUAUUGAUAGUCAUUCCUGAAUAGGCUUCCCAUGGGAGUGAGCAGAA